CUCGCUUCGCUGUCGCCGCCGCGAUCGGGGUCAGAGCUGGGGACGCGGCGGCGGCGGCGGCAGCGGCAGCCUCAUCUCCGAGCGGCCGUCCCUGCCUGGUGCCUCCUGCCCCGCCUGCGCCUCCAUCUCGCUGGCUCCCUUCCUCCCGCCUUCUCUCGUCAGCCUGCCGAGAAGCCGCCGCCGCCGCCGCCGCCUUUGCCUAUGCCUAAAUAAGGGCGAUGGUGCCGCGCUGCUGAGCCGGCCCGCCCGGCCCGCCCCGUCGAGGCAGAGGGAGCCGAGCGGUCGGCCGACGCAGCAGCAGCAGCAGCAGCUGGCCCUGGCCGCCGGGCGCCCGCAUGAGACUGCGGCCCGCGGAGGAGCCUGAGCGGAAGACACUCCCCUCCGAAGGCCAGGGCUGACCCGGCGGCGGCGGCACCUGCGGGACCCGCUAGCGCCCAGCCCGGCCGCAGCUGCUGCCCGCACCGGAGCCUCAAGCGAGGGCGCCUCCUCCCCGCUGCGCCUCUCCCUCUCGCUGCGGAGCCUGGGCUCGAGCUCCGUCGGAGGGCGCUGGCGGGCCCUGGCGCUGGCCCCCACUGGCCCCCCCGCAGCAGCAGCAGCGGCAGCAGCAGCCCCUGAGCGCCAAGGCCGAGGGCCGCCGCCGCCGCCGCCGCCGCCGCCUCCUGGAGAGGACCGGGGAGAGCGGCAGGGCCUGUCCACCCGCAGCUGCCUGCUGCCGAUCCAGAGCUGGGCCGCUCCUUGGACGGGGUCGGGCCCCCCGGGCGCGACUUGGCAGCGCAAGCACCGCUGGGCGCCCCCCCAUGGGCUGACAGCAUGCCGGUCCGGCGCGGGCAUGUCGCCCCCCAGAACACGUUCCUGGACACCAUCAUCCGCAAGUUCGAGGGACAGAGCCGCAAGUUCGUCAUUGCCAACGCCCGGGUGGAGAACUGCGCCAUCAUCUACUGCAACGAUGGCUUCUGCGAGCUCUGUGGCUACACGCGGGCAGAAGUCAUGCAGAAGCCCUGCACCUGCGACUUCCUGUACGGGCCGCGCACCCAGAAGAACUCGGUGGCGCAGAUUGCACAGGCCCUGCUGGGCUCCGAGGAGCGCAAGGUGGAGAUCUGCUUCUACCGGAAGGAUGGCAGCUGCUUCCUGUGUCUGGUGGACGUGGUGCCCGUGAAGAACGAGGAUGGAGCCGUCAUCAUGUUCAUCCUCAACUUCGAGGUGGUGGUGAUGGAGCAGGACCUCCUCAGCAGCCCCGUCAAGAACACCAACCACUGGGUCUCACCGGCUGCUUGGCUGCCCACAGGUCGGGGCAAGUCCUUCCGCCUGAAGCUGCCGGCUCUGCUGGCCCUGGCAGGGAGCAAGCAGUCCCUGCCACAGGAUGACCCAGACGAGGCGGUGGUGGUGGACUUUUCCAAGCAGAGCAGCGAGUCGGUGGCCCCGGAUGAGGUCACGUCCUCCCUGGACAACCACUGCCAGGAGCCGGAGGACCGGCAGGCCCUGAUGGAGCGGGAGGGCGGCCCCGAGCCCCCGGCCACCCACUCCUCGCCUCGGAUCCACAAGACCCGCCUCAACCUGGACGCCUCCUUCUCCAACUGCAGCCUGACCCGCAGCCGCUCGCGGGAGAGCUGCUACAGCGUGCGCCGCGCCUCCUCCGUGGACGACAUCGAGGCCAUGAAGCAGCAGGGCGAGGGCGAGAAGGGGCGGGGCCACAGCCGCCACGCCAGCACAGGUGCCAUGAACAAUGCCCGGAGCCACCUGCUGAACUCCACUUCGGACUCAGACCUCAUGCGCUAUCGGGCCAUCAGCAAGAUCCCCCAGAUCACCCUCAACUUUGUGGACUUCAAGGCCGAGGCCUUCCUCACUUCCCCGUCCAACGAGAAGGAGAUCAUUGCCUCCAGCAAGCUCAAGGACCGCACACACAACGUCACGGAGAAGGUCACCCAGGUCCUGUCGCUGGGGGCCGACGUCCUGCCGGAGUACAAGCUGCAGGCCCCCCGCAUCCACCGAUGGACCAUCCUGCACUACAGCCCCUUCAAGGCGGUCUGGGACUGGCUGAUCCUGCUGCUGGUCAUCUACACGGCCAUCUUCACGCCCUACUCGGCGGCCUUCCUGCUCAACGACGAGCAGGAGAAGGCGCGGCGCCAGUGCGGCUACGCCUGCAACCCCCUCAACGUGGUGGACCUCAUCGUGGACAUCAUGUUCAUCAUCGACAUCCUGAUCAACUUCCGCACCACCUACGUCAACUCCAACGAGGAGGUGGUCAGCCACCCGGCCAAGAUCGCCAUCCACUACUUCAAGGGCUGGUUCCUGAUCGACAUGGUGGCCGCCAUCCCCUUUGACCUGCUGAUCUUUGGCUCCGGAUCGGAGGAGACCACCACGCUGAUCGGCCUGCUGAAGACCGCCCGGCUGCUGAGGCUGGUGCGCGUGGCCCGCAAGCUGGACCGCUACUCGGAGUACGGGGCGGCGGUCCUCUUCCUGCUGAUGUGCACCUUUGCCCUGAUCGCCCACUGGCUGGCCUGCAUCUGGUACGCCAUCGGGCACGUGGAGGGCGAGACCAUUGGCUGGCUCUACUCGCUGGGCAGCCAGAUCGGGAAGCCCUUCAACGAGAGCAGCCUGCACCGGGGCCCCUCCAUCAAGGACAAGUACGUCACCGCCCUCUACUUCACCUUCAGCAGCCUGACCAGCGUCGGCUUUGGCAACGUCUCCCCCAACACCAACCCGGAGAAGAUCUUCUCCAUCUGCGUCAUGCUCAUUGGCUCGCUGAUGUACGCCAGCAUCUUUGGCAACGUUUCGGCCAUCAUCCAGAGGCUGUAUUCCGGGACGGCCCGCUACCACACCCAGAUGCUGCGGGUCCGGGAGUUCAUCCGCUUCCACCAGAUCCCCAACCCGCUGAGGCAGCGCCUGGAGGAGUACUUCCAGCACGCCUGGUCCUACACCAACGGCAUCGACAUGAACGCGGUGCUGAAGGGCUUCCCGGAGUGCCUGCAGGCCGAUAUCUGCCUGCACCUGAACCGCAGCCUGCUGCAGAACUGCCGGCCCUUCAAGGGAGCCACCAAGGGGUGCCUGCGGGCCCUGGCCAUGAAGUUCAAGACCACCCACGCGCCCCCCGGGGACACGCUGGUGCACGCAGGCGACGUCCUGACCGCCCUCUACUUCAUCUCCCGCGGCUCCAUCGAGAUCCUGCGUGGCGACGUGGUGGUGGCCAUCCUAGGGAAGAACGACAUCUUUGGGGAGCCCCUCAACCUGUAUGCACGGCCUGGCAAGUCCAACGCAGACGUGCGUGCCCUGACUUACUGCGACCUGCACAAGAUCCAUCGUGAAGACCUGCUGGAGGUGUUGGACAUGUACCCCGAGUUCUCUGACCACUUCUGGUCCAACCUGGAGAUCACCUUCAACCUGCGAGAUACCAACAUGAUCCCUGGCUCCCCCAGCAGUGAUGAGAUGAAUGGGGGCUUCAGCCGUCUGCGCAGACGCAAGCUCUCCUUCCGCCGGCGCACCGAGAAAGACCAGGAGAACAGAGGAGAGCUGGAAGGCCAGCAGAAGGCCCUGCGUGUGGGCCAGAACUGCCAGGCUCCGGGGCCCCCGCCCGCCCCGCCCCAAUGGGACCUGUGCCCCAGCAGCUCGGUGGCGUCCAGCCCGCCCUCCAGUGAUGAGGAAGAGGCCCCCGUCCACAUUCCGAAUCCCACGGAACCGCCGCCUUUCCACCCCACUGGGCCCCCUGGCGAGCCCCCGGCCCCGGUGCCUCCCGAGCAGAAAGACCGCGACCCAUGCAACCCCCUCUCAGGGGCCUUCUCAGGCAUGUCCAACAUCUUCAGCUUCUGGGGCGAUAGCCAUGAGCCCCGCUACACCCUCCCUGCCCACCCCACCCUCAACACCCCCCUGGCCAGCAGCCCCAUGAGCCGGCGGCACCGCUGCGAGCUGGAAUGUCGCCUGGACCUGCUUCAGAAACAACUCAACAGGCUGGAAAGCCGCCUGACCGCAGACGUGGCCGCCAUCCUGCAGCUCCUGCAGCGGCAAGCGGUGCUGGUGCCACCCGCCUACAGCACAGUCUCGUCUCCGCUGCCGCCACCGCCACCGCCAGGCCCUGAUCCAGCCCCAGGAGAGCGCCCCCUGCCUGCCGUCCCCACCCAGGCCCAGGGGCUCCACACCCCCACUCAGCUUCCGGAGCUCCCGGCGCCAUGCACGGACCCUGCCCGGCGGCCCCCUGACGUGGUGCUGCUGGUGGAGCCCUCGCUCCCGGCCCCUCGGCGCCUCUCCUUGCCCGGACAGCUGCCUCCGGCGUCCCCCCACUUGGCCACGGACUUGCACAGACACUGCUCGGACCCAGGCAGUUAAUGGACCGCCGGUCGAGGCCCAAGCCGAGGGGCCUUCUGGGAGCUGGAGCGGGCCCCCUCUUGUGGGCGGGGCCAGCGUGAGCCCUGGGGACGCUGGAGGGCGAUGGCAGCGGCCCCGGGCCCCGAGGAUGUUAGCUGGCCUAACAGGGGCGGGCCGAUCGCCGUGGUGACCCCCAGCUGAUUGGCUGGCAGGGACUCUUCAUGGACAGACUUGCUGCUUGCAGGAACCGUGAUAAUACUGAAUCAUCAUUCAUUCAUCAUGUGCUGAUAAGGGUUAGGAUCCCUCCCUUGUGACCCCAGACAUAUCAUCUGAGACCAGCGGAUCGUGCAGCGGCAUCCAUGGUGGGGAGGGGUGGGGGGUCAUGCAGAGGCUCUUCCCACCCCAAGUCUCUGAGCUUGGAGGGGCAGGGCUCAAGGCGGGGGGGGCCUGAAGGAGCGUGGAGCUCUGUGGGGGCGACCCACUUGCAGAUAGUGUCCCUUUGUGUGUCUUUGUGCCUGUGUGCCUAGAGCCAGCUGGUGGAAGGGAGGGGGUCCACACACAGCCCCCCCCCUCCAGCUUGCUCUGGGUUCAUGCCUUGCCCACUCCCCCCACCCCCCGUCUGCUUUGGUCUGUCUUUCACCAGCCAUCCCUAGAGAACUGCUGUCUAAGUGUGGGGUGUGUGUGUGGAGGGGGGGCGGCGUUGGGCCUGCAGUUGGCUCUCCCUGAGUGGACGAGGCCUGGUGCUCCCUGCCCUGGCCCUCCUGGAGACGUGGUGAGGCUGCAGGGAUGCAGGCUGAGUCUGGGGCGCUUGCGAAGGGGGCACUGCACAGCAGGCCCUGAGCAGAGGGCAGCCCACAGGAUGGAGGGAGGCCUCUGGCGUCAGCACCGGGCCAGGACUCCUCUGCCCCUUCCAGGCCCAUGACAGGGGCCUGCUCCUCCCCCCCCCUGCACAGAGGAGGCCCCCGUGGGGAGGACAGGCUGUGGCCAACCCCCUUUCCUGGUAGGUAGGUAAGCCUGGGGGUGCUGAGCGCCAUGGUGCCGCCUUCCUGCACCGCCAUUCUUGCCUCACUGUUUCCUGCGGGUGAGGGAGCAUUCCCCCCCCCCCGCUAUCCCAAUGCAUGUACAGUCGAGAGGGUUCCUGGCUUUCCUCUCCUCACCCUCCUGGCUACUAGCUGGGCAAGAAUCCAGGCAAGCGGGGGGGGGGGGGACUGUGCUGGAAGCCACCUCCGCCCCCGCCACAAGUCCCUCCUCUUAAGCAGAAUGAAAGGGUCUCUGGCUCCCCCCUUCCCUGGCCCCACCCUGGAAGGGGGGAGAGGCCCUUCCCACUGCCUCCCCUUUGCUCUGCAGGGGGCUCCAGGGGGCACCCCGCCCUCCUGCUCCGCUGGUCUCCAAGGUCUGAAUGCAUGUGGCACCCCCCUCCCCUCCCCCCCCCAGCAUGCUGUACUCAGCAUUAGUGACCGAUGCCCAAUAAACUCCCGGUUGGGUCUC